AAUACAACAUGUUACUAAAAAAAAAAUAUCAGUAUUACCUUGGAACAUGGGGGUCAGUUCAAAGUUCGUAAUUUACCUUUUAAUGUACAUAUCUGAAAUAGGAAAGCAAAAAUAUAAUUUCAAAACCAAAGCACCCCUUCAAAUGUUGUGCACACUAUAAUGAAAAAAAGUUGGACUAUUGAGAGAGUAUUGAUAGAUGUAAUUUAUGGAUAUUGUGAUCAGAGCCCUAGUGUAUAAUUAGGAAUGAUUGGGAGAGAUAGCUGUAAUGCCAAGUGACUCUCGGUCGGGGACUUCCUUCUCUCUCUAACUGAUUUGUGGUCGGCCAAUUUCCUCCAGUCUUCAGUGGUUUGACACAGUUGCGUGGGUGUAAUUGUAAAAGUUUCACUCUGCUAACAUUGAAUGAACACAAUAUCAGGAAGAUCUGAUAAAUCAGAGAGAGAUAAAGCAAGCUUUUGGAGCCUGUAUGUAAUGGGAUGCCUAGUUCAAGACAUGAAAUGAAGGUUUAUUUGUAUUAACCAUUUAAAGGAGCUUCAUUUCUAUUAGUGUGAUGAAAGCAAGGAGAGAAGUACCAGUAUACUGGACAUUUAUCCACAGAACUAGGCUCUCCCUAUGACGAUGGCCACUGAGACAUUACAGUCCCAGGAUUCGCGUGGCAGUGGCAUCAAGUCAGCCGUCCUGUGUAAGCAGUCCGAGAUAGAGGAAGAGGAGCAGGAUACCAGUCCAGGAUCUGACCAAUCGGACGCCACCAUCACAGCUGGAGACAAAGACACCCAAGGUCAAGGAGAAAAUUCCUCUGAAAUUGUCCAAUCAGAUGGUUGCAUUUUAGAGGAGCCGAAUUUGUCAGCCAGUCAGAAUGGAACGCAGAAAAUGAAGCAGCUGAAAAGAUCUGGGAAGGCGUUUGAGGAGUCACCCUCCCCAGACCCUCACAUGCUGACCCCGGAGUCCAGCUCCAAUGGUCUGACCCCCUCCUCUCAUUCCCAGUCAUCAUCCAGAGAGAGGCUUAAUAAAUGUGGCUCCCAGGGCUCCGAGGCGGGGUCUUCCUGUCUGUCCCGCGAUUCAAGUUUUGAUUCCUCUCCUUACAAAGAUUCAACAGGCAUCAAUCUGGAGGACUUCAUCCACAAAACAAUAAAUAAAUCUCCUAAAGAUCGAAAUAUGUUGCUGAAAUUAGAAACAGAUCUUAUCAAUUUCAUAAAUGAACCAAAACAUCACUAUCUGAAGUUCCCUCAGAUGUCCUCAUACGACAGGAUGCUCGUUCAUAGAAUCGCUGCUUACUUUGGCUUGGACCACAAUGUUGACCAGACUGGGAAGUGUGUCAUUGUGAACAAAACCUCCAACAAGAGAAUACCUGAUUUCAGCUUUAAGGAACAUAUUGACAACCUAGAUUCUGCUCCUAAGGUCAAGUCCAUUAUUCAGCGAGAAAACAAGAGCCUAGACGACAGAGAUAUAUACACAAGGAAUCUAGACAAACCUUCUUUAGCUCACACAAAAGCUCGAUCGUUUGAGGAGAGAAGGAAGCGAUACGAGAAAGUGCGUAGCAAGAUUUUCAAUAGUUGUGAUGCCGAUCCCUGCCAGGAGCCGAUGGCAUUUACAGAGGAUGAAAUGAAAAAUGGAAUUCCAAAUAUGUAUGUCGGAAAAAAGCCCAUUAGGCCCUCAAGCAUUAGUAGAGGAUCAGAAGGGCACCCAUGGAGUUCCACAGACUCCAGUGGCUAUGGGACAGAUUGUUCUACCAAAUCCAAAGGGAUUCCAAAGGCAAACAGCUUUGGAGGAGUACCUCACUCUCAACAUAUCAAAACAGCCAGCAAAAGCCAGAGUCUAUGUAAAGCAGACUCGAUGAACUCUGGAACAGCAAGUCCAGGUCUACAGCGUCACUUUGCUACACCCCCCGGCAGUCGAUCUGGUAGCUCUCCUCUGUCCUGUAGUAGUUCUACUGGCCCAAUACAGUCCCCUAUACACCACGGUUUCCUAGCUGGCCAAGGACAGAAUCAAGCUUUAUGGGUAGCAUCUGAUUACAGAAAUAUACCACCAGGUGCCAUAAUUAUUAAUCCUCAAACAGGACAGCCUUACUCUAACCCCGAUGGCAGUGUGUACACACACAAUCCUAACCUCCCCUUGCCAAAUGGUCAGCCCCCUACAUCCAUGUACCAGACGUCCGAGGGAUGGACCCAUAACUCGGUUCCAGAUGGACUAGGGGGUACAGAGCUGUGCAAGCACCUGUCGGCAAUGAAUCUGAGUCAUCAGUCGUCACUGGACAGUGUGGGGGAACCCCCUGGGCCUCAGACUAGCAUUCAGUACAUCAUGGCGGCCCAGGGGCAGGUGCCCUCUGUCAACAUGCCUCAGCAGUCCUACACUGUGGCUCAGCCUCCAUUUUAUCAGGGUCUUCAGAACAUGAACGGUCAGCCUACAGUGAGAUAUGUGUACCCAGUAAACUACCAAAACCAGUGUCAGCAUCAGAUGUCGGGCGACAUGCCUGCUCAGACCUACCCCCCGUGUUCUACUCAAGGCUAUGGGAACCAGUAUGGAACAUCGUACAACUCUUACCCCGUUGUGGCUAGUCAGGCAAUGGACACCUUUGUUAAUUACUCACAGACUACAUAUCCCGUUGCCCAAAGUGAAAACAACAUGACCUAUUCCUCUUACCCCGUGCAAUAUUCCUCAGGGCAGCCCCAGCCCCAGCAAGUGUUUUACCCUAGUACACCAAAUAUACAGCAAGGAGUGUCAAAUUACACAUUUGGAUCAAGCCAAGGACAUUACCAAACCUCUCCCCCUAGUCAGCAGACUCUCUCCAGUGCUAAUGGACAUCUACAGACUGUUCCCCAGGGUGGGGUCAUCCCUCUCCCAGGGAAUCUCACCAUUCCCACGUCAUCCCAGUAUGUGUAUCCCACAAUUCCUCCGUUUCAAGGACAACCACGAGUGGCCAAUCCUCAGAUCGUACAGUAUCAGAACAUGCAGAACCAGCCCGGUCUGAGCACGGCUGCAGGAAGUCACUCGCAACCAAUUCCCGUCAUCCGGGGGCUGCAGAUGAACAUGCAGAUGGCCCAGAUUCCAGGUGUGAUGUCACAGAGCCAGAACGCCGCCCAGGGAGGACCGGUGACAGUCAGUGCCAAAGGAUGCACAUAUGAAGCUUCACUGCCAAAAAAAGACUCGGACAAGCAGGAAUACGUCCUUGGGGGGGUCGGGAGUCUAGGGUCUCCUCUUGUGGCAGGACCCAGACAGCUUGGCCAGAUCAUGAGACCGCCUACACAAAUUCAAGCAGAUUUACAGUUAAUAGGACAGCCGAGUAUACGUCAACAGAUUCCAUUGCAACCUGUACUUCACCAGCAGAAACCAAGAAUGUCAAAUCAGCCAAGUAGUAAACCUCAGACACUUAGAAAAUCAGGCAGCAAGGACGGGUCCGAGUCGGGUUCUUCACAGAGUGUGGAGUGUGAGAGUCCCUCAGUUGAGUGUUUAGAAGUUCACGGAUUACCAUCAGAUCUCUCACAGGAAGCUGUGGAGGAGGCGCUGUCGGAUUUAACAUCGCUCGGCAUUCAGAUAGAACGGCAGAACGAGGACUCUCAAACGCCAACUAUUCUAGCCCUGCUCCCAAGCAACAUAUCUGCCGCCGAUCUCAUAGAAACCCACAGCAACAGACUCUAUCAGCUACGAAUGUGCAAUCUGGAUGAUUAACUUUGACAAAAUUUAUAUAGGUUAAUAUUUUUAUACUUCAAUUUUAGUGAUCAUGUGCAGUGAAAAAACAGGAACACCUCAUCGGAAUUGUUCAUUUAGAUUUAAAAAAGUGAGAAACAGUUGGAUAUGUGAGGGCAUAAAGAAAUUAAUGUAUAUUUAAAACUGUGUAAAAUGGAUCUAAAAGGUCAACAUUUUUUAACACAGAAAAAUGGUAUUUUUACAGUCCAUGUUUAAUCAACAUUGUUGUUAGGUUUAUACUUAAUAUAUAUAUAUAUUAUAUCUAUAUCCGAGUUGAUUUUGAAGAUAUUUAGUGUGGUCUAUCAUUAAUGAGAACUGUUGCUGUUUUUAAUGUCCACUAGAAAAAUAACAUUUCCUUUUUUUCAAAUUGUCAGAAAUCUGAUAUUCCUAUAUGUGCAUAUUGUCAGGGUGUACCUAGGAAUCUCGUUUUUUGGGUUUUUUACUUUCAUUUCUUGAGUAUAUUUAUCUGUUCAGUGUAUGAUGUCUGUAAACUGGUGUCACAAAUUCAUAGUCAGCCCCGUUCCCCCUAACCUUUCACAACUUUCCCCUGCCUUUGUCAGUACCUUCGUAAUUGCCCCACUUUUUCAUAGAGAAUAGAAAAGGUGUGUACAUCUUAAUUUCCUUUAAUGUUUAUACAAUUUUGUUUGAAAAUUGGGAAGAAAAAAAACUAAAAUUGGGAAGUAAUUGUGAAAAAUAAUUGAUGUAAAAAUUACUCAAAUUUUGAAGUGAUCCCUGUAUUCUCAUUUGUUGGUUCAUGCAUAUCUGUUUAUGAAGUCCAUGACGUGUAGAUGUUGUCUUUUGCUGAACUUGUGACCAGGGAGGUAAGAAAUAAUACUCUAGUGCACGGAAUCCCCAGACGUUUAUUUUCUAUGCACCCUACCAAUGUGCCUAGUUCUGCUGUUGUCAUAGCAACCACUCAGUAUUGCUGUAGGAAAAAUGACAUUUUUCUGAUUUAUUACUAGAGGUGGAAGUCUUGGUGUGAUCUUUAAGUUCCUUUGAUACACAUACUGUUUAGUUUCUGGAAGGAUGGGAUCAGUUUUCGUUUCCUUUAUUUUUGGUGAUCUCUGAAUGUGGCUUUAAGUAUGUGUGUUGUCUUGCAAUGAGCAGCUACCCUUUCUUAUAAAGGCCUCUCCACACUUGCACUUGGUGUAGAACACCUUUAUGAUUAAGUCCACUGCUGCUUUAUGAACCAGAUCAAAGUCGGCCAAGAACCUGACUGACGGACGUCCGACUCUUUGUUCCUGUGUAGUUUGUAGUCACCAGCUCGUCUCUCUCUGUACAGUAAGUGAUGGAACUGGCCUCAAAUAACAGUAAUAUAAUGACAGAAAAAUCAAACUCCUACUGAACAGAUGCCUUCUGACAGAAAUCAAAGUAUAUACUUCUACUCAGGACACUGUAUAUUUAUUUGCUUAUGUAGUCAUUUAUUGUGCUGUUCAGUUUCUUAAGCAAACAAAAAAAAACAAAGGUUAGGAAUCACAGAAAAGGAACAUUUCCAUGGAUUUUUCCCGUUAAUAAACGCAAGUACUUGACAAAUAGCAGGUUGUCUAUGAAAGAAGACGUCAUUUCCCCUCUAUCACAGCUGGAGUUGUAUCGUCCUCAGUUCUCGGUGUCAUAACUUGGCUUCAAUUCUACUGUACUGUGAUAGCAAAUGCAGUUGUGAAAUUGUUUAUGUAUUAUGUGUAUUUUAAUUGUCAUCAACAAUUCAGUCUGUUUUAGUCAAUUUUUUAAAAAAUUUUGUUGAUAAUAAAAAGUCUACUGCAUUGCA